AUGGCGGCGGCGCAGCUGGUGCUCGCGGGGCUGGUGCUGGGGGCGGCGCGCGCCGAGCGGGUCCCGCUGCUGGGCUGGUCUGGCCACAGCUCCCUCUGGCCCCCCCUGGCCGACAGCUACGAGGGACACGUGGUCGGCGCGGCCCAGCUGAGCGCGCUCCUCGCCCCCGCGCUGGAGCGGGGCCCUCGCAACGUCCUGCUCUUCCUGCAGGAGCGGCUCAGCCUGGAGGAUUUCACAGCGUUUGGGGGGGUCUUCGGCAACAAGCCCGACAGCGCUUUCCCCAGCCUGGAGAGCGCCCUGGCGGGGGCCCCCUCAACCCUCGUGCUCCCAGCCGUGCAGGGGGCGGCGGCCGCCGGCGUCUUGGGGCUGCUGAAAGAGAAGCUGGGGCUGAGCCCCCUGCAUGUGGAGCCGGGCACCCUGAGGGAGCUUCGCCUCAACGCCAGCCUGCCCGCCCUGCUGCUGGUGCGGCUGCCCUACACCGCUGGCUCCAGCCUCAUGGCCCCCAAGGAGGUGCUGAUGAGCAACGAUGAGAUCAUUGGGCAGGUGCUCAGCGCCUUGAAGGAGGAGGACGUGCCCUACACGGCGCUGCUGACGGCCGGAGCCCCCUCACGGGUUCUCCGGGACGUCUCUGGGGUGGCCCCCGGGGGAGUGGGCCGCCAGCUGCUGCAGAAGCCGACCCCAGCACCAGCACAGCACCCCCCGGUGCGGUACCCCCUGACCGGUGAGCCCCGGAUCCUCUUCUGGGCCCAGAACUUCUCUGUGGUCCAGGGCAGCAAGUGGGUCGACCUGACGUCCCAGACGUUCGGGGCUGAGGCCUCCGUUGAUGUGAGCGGCUCAUCCUGGAGCUCCAAUGACUCCCGGCUGGUGCUGAAGUAUGCGAAUGUUCUUGGGUCCCCUCUGACUGCCACGUUCCACAUGACCAGCCGGCGGUUUCCUGUCUCGGGCCGGGACUGGUUCCAGCUGAGCCGCCUGGAGCUGGCGACGCCCUUGGCCAGGCCCACUGUCUUCAACGCCUCGCAGGUGACGGCCCCCAGCAACUAUUCCUGGCACUGCGCCCACCUCAGCAGCCUGCCGGGCUUCGGGGCCGGGCUUCGGGGCCACGGCCCCAGCCCCAGCUGGGGGGUGCUGCUCCAGGAUGUGCAGCUGCAGGGGUUCAACGUGAUGGGCCUGCAGUUCUCCUACGCCAGCGACUGCGCCGGGUUCUUCGCGCCGGGCACGUGGAUGGGGCUGCUCACGGCCCUGCUGCUCGGCGCCAUCUUCGCCUGCGGCCUCCACAUGCUGCUAGGCCUCAAGACCAUGGACCGCUUCGACGACCCCAAGGGGGCCACCAUCGCCGUGCCCCAGGGCGAGUAG